UAAUGGCAGAAGCCACAGUCUCUCCCCUGAAGCACUUUGUGCUGGCUAAAAAGACAAUCACUGCUAUCUUCGACCAACUGCUGGACUACGUCACUGAAGGAGCAACUUUUGUGGAAGCAACAUACAGGAACCCGGAGCUUGAACAUGUAGCAACAGAAGAUGAACUGGCAAAAAUACAGACAUAUAAAAAUAAGUUAGCAGUCAUCGGUGAGGUGCUUUCACGGAGACACAUGAAAGUGGCAUUUUUUGGCAGAACAAGCAGCGGGAAAAGUUCGGUCAUUAAUGCAAUGCUGUGGGAUAAGGUACUUCCUAGUGGGAUUGGCCAUACAACUAACUGCUUUCUCAGUGUGGAGGGGACAGAUGGAGAUAAGGCUUAUCUUAUGACAGAAGGAUCCGAUGAAAAGAAGAGUGUCAAGACAGUCAAUCAGCUUGCUCAUGCACUUCACAUGGAUAAGGAUUUGAAAGCUGGCUGUCUCGUCCAUGUCUUUUGGCCCAAGUCAAAGUGUGCCCUGCUGAGAGAUGAUUUGGUUUUAGUGGACAGCCCUGGCACAGAUGUUACUACAGAACUGGACAGCUGGAUUGACAAAUUCUGCUUAGAUGCUGACGUGUUUGUCUUGGUUGCCAAUUCUGAAUCAACUCUCAUGAACACGGAAAAGCAUUUUUUCCAUAAAGUGAAUGAACGACUCUCCAAGCCAAACAUCUUCAUCUUGAAUAAUAGAUGGGAUGCCUCUGCAUCAGAACCAGAAUAUAUGGAAGAUGUGCGCAGGCAGCACAUGGAGCGCUGUCUGACUUUUCUAGUUGAUGAGCUCAAAGUUAUUGAUCCUGUAGAAGCCAGGAAUCGCAUCUUUUUUGUUUCAGCAAAAGAAGUUCUGAGUGCCAGGAGACAGAAGGCCCAAGGAAUGCCAGAGGGUGGUGGAGCACUUGCUGAAGGAUUUCAAACAAGAUUCCAGGAAUUUCAGCAUUUUGAGCAGAUAUUUGAGGAGUGUAUCUCGCAGUCAGCCGUGAAAACCAAGUUUGAACAGCACACUAUCAGAGCUAAACAGAUAAUAGAUACUGUGAAAAACAUUAUGGACGCCAUAAACGUAGCGGCAGCAGAGAAAAGAGUCCGUUCAAUGGAAGAGCGAGAAGAUCAAAAGGAUAGAUUGGACUUUGUUCGAAAUCAGCUGAACAUUUUGACGGAAGAUACAAAGGAAAAAAUCAAACGUGUUACUGAGGAAGUAGAAAAUAAAGUCUCCUCUGCCAUGACCGAUGAGAUUUGCCGACUUUCAGUCUUAGUUGAUGAAUUUUAUUCAGAUUUUCACCCUUCUCCUCAAGUACUGAAGCUCUAUAAGACAGAACUGAACAAACAUAUAGAAGACGGUUUGGGAAAGAACCUGGCUGAUCGUUGCUCCAGUGAAGUCAAUCAAUCAAUGCAUCAGUCGCAGCAGGAGAUGAUUGAAAAUCUGAAACCAUUGUUGCCUUCUGGUGCUCAGAAUCAGCUCCACUUGCUAAUUCCAUGCAGGAGGUUUGACCUUAGCUAUGAUCUAAACUGUCAUAGUCUGUGUGCGGAUUUUCAAGAGGAUAUCAUGUUCCACUUUUCCUUGGGAUGGACGUCGCUUGUAAACCGUUUCUUGGGUCCUAAACAAGCUCAGAGGGUACUAUUGGGACUAGCAGAUCCAAACUUACAAAUCCCUCGUCCUUUAGCUACCACCCCAUCCGCUGCCAGCCUUCCUGCCAUAACUCCAGAGAACUCGCCGCACGAUGAUUUUAUGGUUCCUUUGGUAAUGAGUUUAGCUUCACUGACAUCACGGACCUCUAUGAGCAUCAUCAUUGUUGGCGGAGUGAUUUGGAGAACAGUAGGCUGGAAACUCAUCUCUAUUUCCUUAAGUAUGUAUGGGCUGUUAUAUCUUUAUGAGAGACUAACCUGGACCACUAAAGCAAAGGAGAGAGCCUUUAAACAGCAGUUUGUGAACUAUGCUACUGAAAAGCUGCAGAUGAUCGUCAGUCUGACCAGUGCUAAUUGCAGCCAUCAGGUGCAACAGGAAAUGGCCACUACCUUUGCUCGGCUCUGUCAGCAGGUGGAUAUUACCGAGAAGAACCUGGAAGAAGAGAUUGCGAGGCUUUCCAAAGAAAUAGAUCAGCUGGAGAAUGUGCAGAGCAACUCCAAGCAGCUAAGAAAUAAAGCCAUUCACCUUGAGAACGAACUAGAUCGCUUUACAAAGCAUUUUCUUCAAAAGACUAAAUAAAACAUCGUUGCUAACUUUCCUGGUGAUCCUUUGUAGGACAAAGUAGACAUUUUACAGAUUAUGCUUCUCCUCUGUGGAGUCACAUGAAAUGAUAUAUAUUUUAAACAUUACUUUGAUUACAGUUGUUAAUUAUUGUAAAACUUGAUUUGGACUCAGACGGUGAAUCAAACUGAAGAGGUGUGGUACUCUGAGUGUUAUGUUUGUGUUGGAGAUUUUGAGUUUAAAAUGAUCUUUAAACACUAAAAUUCUUUGGGCACUUGACAAUAAAAAUCCAACUCCUUAUUGGUUUUCAUCAGUAUUUAGCAGUGGCAAGUCUCGCUUCCUGGCAUCCAGGAGCUUAUGCAGGGAGAGAGAGCUUAUCACAGUUACCACUGUCUCCUGUUCUCAGUUGCUUAGGAAUUAGUCAGGGAUGGAGGAUGCUGCUUUUUGCGUGUGUGUUUUUGUUUAAAGAAGGGAAGUAUAAACUCGAGCACGGGGAAAGGGCUCUUGACUGUUUUGAAAGCAAGUGAAAUCGGGUUGGGCAGCAGUUCCUCUUCCUCAAAGGGAAGUGAAAGAUGAUAGUAAACUGCAGAGCAUUCACUAAUGAAAUGCAGUGGGCUCUAGUUUCCCCUCUGGCUACCACAUUCAGACAAGGUGUUGUUGAUUGAGUAAAAAUAAACUUAUUGCAACAAGCUUAUCAGAUUUCUCACAGUUGG